GCUGACUGGCACUGCAUUUGACCUAUCCUUCCCUUUUACGAAUGGGGUAAAGAAACCCAUUCUAUUGUAACAUAUUAGAGUCAUGAAGCAAUGACUUUUUGUACAUUUUUUUUUCUCCCUCUCCCAUCAACUCUCUCCUUUACAUCCCUCAUCUCAUCCAACAUAUUACACAUAAAGAAACAUUUCAAUAAUGACCAAAUGAUAAAUGUUUGUUAUCCUACAUAUUAUGUCAUAUGUAUUGCAACAGCUUUUUUAUUUGUUCUGUUCUAACAUCAUGAUGUGAAAGAUUUUCCUAUUCUUUAGCAAGUCUGUCAUUGACCAGCUGUUCGACCGCGGCGGAGGUUGGUCUGCCGAGGACAGCUUUACCCUUGUCCCAAUCGACAACCACGGGUCGUUCUAACACCGACGGGUCUUCCUUUACAAGUUUUACCAGUUGGUCAAUACCACCGACCUUAGGAGCGUCGGGUCGGAGCAUGCCUUGGACGGUGCCGAGGUAGCUUGACACUUGGCGCAGUUGGUCCGACGUGGGUGGA